UUCAUUCGCGCGGCAAACAUGGCGGACGGAGCGAUAAGUCACUAGCUUUAGAAUACUUUGAACAGGUGAAGGUUGCAGACGGCGUCAGACAUUUUUUUGGAGUUUCAGUGAAUUGUUAUCGAGAACAAGCAUGGCUUCGCCUUGGGCAGGAUUUCCCUCGUCCAGAGGACGCGAUAGUUUCUCCUCCCGACAGAGUCUGAACUAUAGUUCGUUUCUUGAUACAUCGAUGUCUUCGACUACGACAAGGUCUACGAACAGAUCUGCCCUUGGUGGCAAGGUCAUAGAGAACACGCCCAACCACACGGUGAAGGAGUUUGGUCACACCCUCCCAGUCCAGAUAAAAGAGGCGUUGUCAAGCAAAGCACGCCAUGCUGCCCAACAUGCUACUGUUGGUAUGGAGCAGCGUGGAUGGGCGUGGCUUGUGUGUGGCCGUCGAUUGUUUGUGUGGAGAUACCUGCCUGUUGCUGGAACCAAGAGUCUAUACUGCAAAGAGUUAGUCCUUCCAGCCACUGACCUUAAACAUUCUGCCGACCUUGUGACCCUAUUGCCUAGUGCCCUAGGCGGUGAAGGAAACAGUGCAGCCUCUGUGGCUGUCAUGGCAGCCUCCCCGGAGGGGUUGGUCCGUUACUGGCCUAGCCUCGGCCAAGACGCUAGUACUGUAGAGAUCACCGCUGACUUGGCUGGAAAACAAUGUCAUUCGCUAACCGCAUUCCUUCCCCAUGGAUGCAUCCUGAGCACAACUACAAAUGAUAUGAUGUUCUUAAUUCCAUCUCAAAAAACCAUCACAACACACGUUCUUAGCUCAUCCAGUGGCAUGCUGUCUAACAUCGGUCGCCGCAUGACAUCCCUGUUCUUUGGAGCAGCUCAGCCGCCUGAGAGUGCUCAAUCAAAUGCCUUGCAAAGAGUUUUAAUUGGCAAUGCAGUCACAUCAUCAUCAAGAGCUGUUUAUGCUCUGAGUGGAAAUCAACUCUCAAAAUGGGAUAUCCAUACAUCAGCAUCUGCCAUACAAGAAAAGCUACUCUUCCGGUGUGAUUGUGAAAACAUGUUCAUUGCCGCUGCUGAGCAAAGCCUCCAGACUCCAUUGGAGAAGGUUGACCAGAUGAGAGUAUGGUGUCUAGAUAUCUGUAACUUUAGCUCAGAUGUGUUAGUUCUUGCUGCAGUGGCUCUCAAGGGGCCAUCCAGAACAAGCCUCUUCUAUCUUUUGGGGACGGUCAGUGGGGGUGAAGUGGAGGAGCCUACAUCUCUUGCUAGUGUCAGUGUGGUUCAGUUUGUGGAAGAAUAUGAUGAAAGUCACCUGCAGGACUUGCUUGGUUACCAACUGGUUGUACCGGAUCAGAGUUCCACCAUAUUCGUCUACAGCUCUCACUCCGUAAUUAUUGUUCCAGCAUUUCAUGCUGAUGACGUUAUCAACAAAAUUGACUUCCGACGACCUAUAGAUGAAAUCCUUGGUGCAGCUGCUUUUGAAGAAAAGGCUCUGUUCUUCUCUAGACGGCAUGGAAUCAUCAACAUCAUCUCAAAAGAUGAUGAAAACUUAAGCUUGAUGGUAGAAGUGACCGACUCCAAACCUGACGUCACUCAGAGCACCUUACCAAACAUCUCAGUCUCUGAAGACUUCAAAGCUGGAGAGUCUGCGGACCCCUUAACACAGUUUAAAAAGGCUUUUGUUCUAUUCUGCCAGAGGAAGUGUAAUGAUGCUCAAGAGAUCAUCAAUGAUUUGUUUGCUUCUGAUGACCACGCUCUGGACACUGCAGUCACUAAACUUAGCCAGGAAGUUAUUGAUGAUUUUCCCGCAUCUGACCCUAGAUGGGCGGAGUCCAUACCUGCAGGGAAAAUGUCCACGUCUGCGUCUCUUAUCAUUCUGAAUCAACUUGAAGACAAGUUGAAGGUGCACGGUUUUCUCCUGGACUUCUUCAAGGGUGUUGGCCUAUGGGAAAAGUUAAAGACGGUAGUGGUGAGAGACAAGAAUCUCCCAACUUGGUGCUUGCUAUGCGAACAUGCCGAGAAGAUUGUUGCCGCUAUUGCACUAUGCAAUUGUCUUAAGAGAUUCCAGACAACAACAAGUGCUGUUAUCAGUAAGGCAGUAAAAAGACGAGGAACAAAAGCACCGUUCAAGACCCUUACCGAUAAUGAUAUUUUCUUCCGAGAGGUAUCUAAUAUCUCAGAUAUAUUUGAGUGUCUGUGGGAACACGAGGAAAGCAACUUGCAGAGUUCCACAGCAGCCGAACCCAAACUGAACCUUGUUGUUACAGUCAACACAAUAAUGCAGGAAAUGCUGCAGUCGGCUUGGCAAUACCGACAGGAUAACUCGGCAAAAUACGAAGCCACAGGCAGCGCAGCAGAGCAUAACAUGGAACUAAUGUUCUGGACAGCAACAACGGGUCCGUCGGGCAUCAGAACCAUCUUAAUUAAACAGCUGAGGAUCACAGAGCGUAUGAUGGAGAAUACAGAUGAUCAGCAGGUGCAGGCACUGAUGUGUGAUCAGAUGGUAGCUCUUGUGGACAUUGUGUUGGAUGGUUACGUGUGUCAAUUAGAGUCACUGAGACACUGUGAUAAGUCUGGAGACCGUUACGAUGAAGUGGAGCAGAAAUUUGAGCAAGACCGAUACAACCUUAUCCUCCCUCUAGCCAAGCUGGGACAUCACAAGUACGCAAGUUCCCUUGCUGAGAAAUACCGCGAGUUUGGAGUUCUAAUUGAGCUGUGUGAAUCGCGCGGAGACCAGGACACUUUGCAGCAAUACACAGUGCAGUUCAAAGACAUGGGCUUCUCUGACUAUCUGUUUAAGUGGUACAUGGACAAGGGGGAGAGGCACAGGUUAUUGAGCCAACCAGCCCCUCAGCAUGACAACCUCGCCAAAUUCCUCUCGUCUCACCAUCAUCUCAGCUGGCUCCACGACCUUCAUACCAAGAACUUCUUCAAGGCACACGAGACGCUACGAAAUCUCGCUGACAAAGAAAGCGCCCUACUCUCAAGGAAAAAGACCCUGUUGAGUCUAAGCAAGCUGGCGUUGCUUGCAAGCGAUGAGGACGAGGUUGUCAAUAAGAUCGACGAAGAGGCUGAGAUUAACUCGAUUAACAACGAGCACGCGAUCAUCUUCCAUCAGGAGUCUCUUCCCCUAGAGGUGAUUCAGCACUCAAAUCUCAGCUUCGAUAGCAUGCCGCCAAUUCCAUGCGAAGAGCUAAUACAGCUCUACAUUGGUGAUAAGAACCGUAAUUCGGACGAGCAGGAUUUCAAGAAAGCGCUUGAUCUUCUGCAACUUAUGGGAGAAGCAGAGAUUGAUCAGAAAGAACACCUUAAGCUCAUGAUAUGGUGUAAAGCUAUCCUUCGAGACAACUGGUCCUCGUUUCACGGGUCAAACCCACUGGAUAGCGCAAGACAAGCCGUUUUUUUCAAGACCGUACAACUAGCGUACAGUCAAGGCCUGCAUUUGUCAGAGUUUAUGCCGACCAUCGAAUCCCUUCUAGCUUCCGAGGAACUAAGAAGUGCCGGACUAUCAGACAACCCUCACUUUCGCUACCUUCUCAGCACAGGCUACGAGCAAAUUCAGAGGUCCUCAAUGGACGAGUCAGAGGCUAUGGAGUAGCUGUUCAGUACAUGCAGGGCGAAGACAGACGGCCUGCUUAUAUGGAUGCCCGACAAGGCGAAGACGUCACGAUGGAUUCAUGCAAUAAAGUAUCGUAGUCCAUAAGGUGAUGAACAAGUCGGUGAGACGCUGUUCUUAAAGGGUCCGUGUAAUCAUUUGAGCAUGUCAUACCUGAUAUUCAGAGAGUACGAGGUUUCCCAAAGAGUUGGGGCUUGUAGAGCGGCGUCUAACCAGGGAAAGGUUUAGGUUUCGUAGAGGAAAAAGACCACGCCCAUUUCAUCAUCCAAAACACAAAGAGCAAUAAAUAUCAAUUUUAAAAGUA